UGCGUUUUCUCCGGUACAGGUUGAGGGCUGGCUACUGAGGUAUAUUUUGCUGGGCCAGGCUGGGCCGGGUCCCCGGGAUGGGCAGCCCUCUCGACGAGCGGCGACGCCGUGGUUGAGUCUAGAAGGCUAAAGUCGCUGGACAUCUAUCGCGGGAGCUAGGAGGGACGUGGGAGGUCUGGUCGGAGCGUGCACGUGUUGGAGGUCUCGCUCCGCAGUGGGAGUCACCGGGUCAAACCUGUGCUGGCCCUGGCCAAAGAAUCUUCUGCGGGUAUUUGACUGUUACAAAUAAAAUGGUGAUGAACAUGUGUACAGGUGUUUGUAUGGACAUAAGUUGUCAUUUCUCUUGAGUAAAUACCUAAAAGUGGGAUUGCUGGAGUUUUACUACCCUUGGAUGCUGCUGUUGAUAUGGAAAAGAUUGAGGAACAGUUUGCUAAUCUGCACAUUGUUAAAUGUUCCUCAGGAACCAAAGAGCCCACUUACCUUCUUGGUAUAGACACAUCAAAGACUGUCCAAGCAGGAAUGGAAAACUUGGUUGCUGUUUUAUGUUCUAAUGGAUCAAUCAGAAUAUAUGAUAAAGAAAGGUUAAAUGUACUACGAGAAUUUAGUGGAUAUCCUGGACUUCUUAAUGGAGUCAGAUUUGCAAAUUCCUGUGAUAGUGUAUAUUCAGCAUGUACUGAUGGCACUGUAAAAUGUUGGGAUGCUCGAGUAGCCAGAGAAAAACCUGUUCAGCUCUUCAAGGGUUACCCUUCCAAUAUUUUUAUCAGUUUUGAUAUUAAUUGUAAUGAUCAUAUUAUUUGUGCUGGUACAGAAAAAGUUGAUGAUGAUGCAUUGUUGGUGUUCUGGGAUGCAAGGAUGAAUUCUCAGGAUUUAUCUACAACUAAAGACCCACUUGGUGCAUAUUCAGAGACACAUAGUGAUGAUGUCACUCAAGUACGUUUCCAUCCCAGCAAUCCCAACAUGGUAGUCUCAGGUUCAUCUGAUGGCCUGGUAAAUGUAUUUGAUAUUAAUGUUGAUAAUGAGGAGGAUGCACUGGUUACAACCUGUAACUCAAUUUCAUCAGUAAGCUGUAUUGGUUGGUCUGGGAAUGGUUAUAAACAGAUUUACUGCAUGACACAUGAUGAAGGAUUUUAUUGGUGGGAUCUUAAUCAUCUGGAUACUGAUGAACCAGUUACACGUUUGAACAUCCAGGAUGUCAGAGAGGCAGUUAACAUGAAAGAAGAUUCUUUGGACUAUUUGAUUGGUGGCCUGUAUCAAGAAAAGACAGACACAUUGCAUGUUAUUGGAGGAACAAACACAGGAAGGAUUCACUUGAUCAACUGCAGCACGUCAGGACUGACCCAUGUGACUAGCCUUCAGGGAGGGCAUGCUGCUACAGUCCGUUCUUUCUGUUGGAAUGUGCAAGAUGAUUCUUUGUUGACUGGAGGAGAAGAUGCACAGUUGUUGCUUUGGAAACCUGGAGCUAUAGAGAAGACCUUUACUAAGAAAGAGAGCAUGAAAAUAGCAUCCUCUGUGCACCAACGAGUACGAGUUCAUAGUAAUGAUUCUUAUAAAAGAAGGAAAAAGCAGUGAUAAUGCAUUUGGCACUUUGGUAGAUUUUAUAGUUUCAAGUAGUCCUUUUUGUUUACUACCCAUGGUAGACGUGUUUAAAGCUUUAUGUAAAAACAAGCAGUUAGCAAACAAUCUGGGAAAAAUACGGGGAGAAUGGUUUAAUUCCGGUCUUCACAUAUUCUAAAAAAUUUUAAAGCCUCUAAGUAUAAAAUCAGUGAGUUGAAAGUAAAAUUUCUCAUUUAAAGAACCCAUCUGUUAAUGUAGUAAAUGUUGGGUUUAAAGAAAUAGCUCUGAUAAGGAAUUUUUAGAAGGAGAUACCUGGUAAAACUUAAUAAAACAGGUGGUUGGCUGCAUUGUUUAAGCCCAGUUUUUUACAUUUUAAAUUGUUGUUAUUGUGUAUAGAACCAGAUCAGACUAUAUUCUUCAUUUGAGGAGCAUCUAUAUAUUUAAUACACCUAAUGUAUUAUGUUGGAGUAUUUAAAUAUAUGUAUUUUAAUGAGUAAAUAGAAUUAAACUUUUUUAGAAAUAAAAUGAUAGGCAUGUAUGUAAAAUGAGAAAAAUAUGUUUAGUAAAUAUUUGCAUCUUUAAUAUUGUUAGUAAGUAGUAAACAGGUGUUUUGCUGAUUGAAAGGAAGUUAUCUUGGUAAAUUGAGACUCAAAGUGAAAUACAAAAAUGAAAAUGUUUAUAAUAGGACUCGACUUGGAGAAAUUCCUAUUCUUCCUGUUGUCCAAACCAUAAAUUUGAGGAUAACCUGGACUUUUCUCUUCCCUCUUCUCCUAACCAGUUUUUCACCAAGUCCUGUGCCAUUUCACCUCCUAACGUUUGUCAGCUAUCCUUUUGCCUUUACCUCACCACUAUUACCUUAGAGAAGACUCAUUGUUUCUCACCGGGAUUACCAGCUCGAUCCCUAAUCUGCUUUAGUUCAUCCUUCUUACUACUUCUAGGCUAAACAUCAAAAACAGAUCUGGUAGGGGUGGGGAAAUGAGGGGGAAGAAACAAAAACAUCUGAUGAUGCCUCAUGCUGCUUAAAAUCUUCAGUACAUUGAUGUUUUGAUGUAGCACUACAGAAGCAUUAAAAAAUUGUGUUUUUCAGAAUCUUUACAAUAUUAGUGCUAUGUAGUGAAUGAAAAAAUUAAUUUGAAAGCUAUCUGGAGAAAUCGCAUUCAUAAAACAAUUGGAAGUGAAGCAAUAUCAAAAUAGUAGGGCUUUUUAAAAUUAAAAAUAUUUAAAAUUCAAAAGUAAUUAAUAGUGUUGGAAGAUGCGGGUGAGAAAAUAUUCCUGAAAGUGGAACUGAAAGAGACAAAGAGAAAAGAUGAAAGCCACGGAAGAUAAAUAUAGGGGUCUAAAACCAGACUAACAGUUUUAGAAA